GAAAAAAAAUCGAGGAAUAAAAAAUAAAUUCGCUAAGAAAGUUCAAAGGUGCGGCUUUGGCUGGGUCAUUAGUGGAUUGAUUUGGCUGCACCAUUUCUCCUUUGCUCAUCAUCAACAGCUUCACGAGAUGUAUCAUCUGGCGAAGGGAAUAUACUACGAGCUGACAAGGAAAGAGGAAUACUCCGUCCUGAUCCUGGGCCUCGACAACGCCGGCAAGACAACUCUAGUCGAGAAGCUCAAGAGUAUAUACAAUGAAGGCCGAUCAAUGGCUCCAGACAGGAUUGUCCCCACCGUCGGACAGAAUGUCGGCCACAUCACAAUCAACCGCAUGAAUCUAAAACUGUGGGACGUCGGAGGCCAGGACAUGCUCCGGCAGCUAUGGAAAGAGUACUACGCCGACUGCCACGCCAUCAUCUUCGUCGUCGACUCCACAGACCGCGCGCGAAUCGAAGAGUGUCGCGACACCCUACAAACCGUCGUCACGCACGAAGACACAGAGGGCAUCCCUGUGCUGAUGCUCGCAAAUAAGCAGGAUCGCGAUGACAGUCUUGAGGUCGAGGAUAUCAAAGAAAUCUUCAACAAAAUCGCAGAAAGCCUCGGCGCGAGAGAUAGUAGAGUGCUGCCGAUAUCUGCGUUGAAGGGUACAGGCGUCACGGAGGCCGCAGACUGGCUCACGACUAGAUUAAUGAGGAAUAAGCAAUAUCGGCCGCCAGACAAGCGGUGAUUGCGUUUUACUUAGUAGGAGUCAAUGUAUACAGCAUAGUCAAUAAGUAAUAUCAAU